GCCUGCGGUUGGAGGAACCUGAGGCGCGGGGCACGGGACCGCGAGGAGUCCGGACGGCGGCGGGCGCGAGGGCAGGCGUAGCCGGAGUGGUCGCGCCUGCGUCGACCGCCGCCUCGCGGCCUUCCUCUCCGCACGUCCCCUCCCUCUCCGCCGGGACGCGGGAGAGCCCGGCGCGCGACGGGGGCGCGAGGCGGAGCGGGCGGGGGCGGCCAAUGCGAAACUGGCUGGUGCUGCUGUGCCCGUGUGUGCUCGGGGCCGCGCUGCACCUCUGGCUGCGGCUGCGCUCCCCGCCGCCCGCCCGCGCCUCCGGGGCUGGCCGGGCAGAUCAGUUGGCCUCAUUUCCUCAGUGGAAGUCUAGUCACUAUGAUGUGGUAGUUGGUGUGUUGUCUGCUCGCAAUAACCACGAACUUCGAAAUGUGAUAAGAAGCACCUGGCUGAAGCAUUUAAUACAACAUCCAUCAUUAAGUCAACGCGUGCUUGUGAAGUUCAUAAUCGGUGCUCAUGGCUGCGACGUGCCCGUGGAAGACAGGGAAGAUCCUUAUUCUUGCAGACUGCUCAACAUCACGAAUCCGGUUUUGAACCAGGAAAUUGAGGCAUUCAGUCUUUCUGAAGACACUUCAUCAGGAAUUUCUGAGGACCGAGUUGUCAGCGUGAGCUUCCGAGUUCUCUACCCCAUCGUUAUUACCAGUCUUGGGGUGUUUUAUGAUGCCAGUGAUGUGGGUUUCCAGAGGAACAUCACGGUCAAGCUUUAUCAGGCAGAACAAGAGGAGGCUCUCUUCGUGGCCCGUUUCAGCCCCCCGAGCUGCGGCGUGCAGGUGAACAGGCUGUGGUACAAGCCCGUGGAGCAGUUCAUCCUGCCCGAGAGCUUUGAAGGUACCAUCGUGUGGGAGAGCCAAGACCUCCAAGGCCUCGUGUCAAGAAAUCUCCACAAAGUGACUGUGAAUGACGGCGGCGGCGUUCUCCGAGUGAUUACGGCUGGGGAGGGCGCCUUGCCCCAUGAGUUCAUGGAAGGUGUGGAGGGAGUGGCCGGUGGUUUUAUUUACACCAUUCAGGAAGGUGACACACUCUUACAAAACCUCCAUUCUCGCCCUCGAAGACUUCUUGACCACAUAAGUAACCUCCACAGGGAAGACGCCCUACUGAGGGAGGAAAGCAGCAUCUAUGAUGACAUUGUUUUUGUGGAUGUCGUGGACACUUACCGAAAUGUCCCUGCGAAAUUGCUGAACUUCUACAGAUGGACCGUGGAAACAACGAGCUUUGACUUACUGCUGAAGACAGACGACGACUGUUACAUAGACUUGGAGGCUGUAUUUAAUAGGAUUGCCCACAAGAAUCUGGAUGGGCCUAAUUUUUGGUGGGGAAAUUUCAGACUGAACUGGGCAGUGGACCGAACCGGCAAGUGGCAGGAGCUGGAGUACCCCAGUCCUGCCUACCCAGCCUUUGCCUGUGGCUCGGGGUACGUCAUCUCCAGGGACAUCGUGCACUGGCUCGCCAGCAACGCGGGCAGACUGAAGACCUAUCAGGGUGAAGACGUGAGCAUGGGCAUCUGGAUGGCAGCCAUAGGACCUGCGCGCUACCAGGACGGCCUGUGGCUGUGUGAGAAGACGUGUGAGACGGGAAUGCUGUCCUCCCCGCAGUACUCGCCCCGGGAGCUGGCGCGGCUGUGGCAGCUGAAGGAACUGUGUGGGGAUCCUUGUCAGUGCGAAGCAGCAGCGGGAGGGUUUUAACUUGCUGUGCCGGAGGAGGACGGUACGCCUCGGAGCAGCUGGGGUCAGUCGGAGGGGAGCCCGCAGUUAGGCAACAAGCGCUGUGGUCUUUCCAGAUAGUUCUAGGUUGGCACUUUUUACCUGAAACCAAUGUGAUAUUUCUAAAUGUUUGCACAAAAUUUCCUUUUUAAAAAUCAACUGAUACUGUACAUAAAAAUUUUAUUUCCAUAUUGGAAGACCAUUUGAAAAACACCAAAUUGUUUUAUAAAACAUGUUUCUAAAA